CUGGGGAGUCCCAGUCUGGCCGGAGUUGGCUGGAGCUGUUGCCAUGACAAGCAUUUUCUUAAGACAGCUCUGCUGUUGAGACCGUCCUAGGCUGGGGAUAGGGUGGGGGCACGAACUUCCUGGGGGACCAUCCCUCCGAAGACGGCGAGGUCAGACACCCGCCCAGCUCCCUGCACCCAUUUUCUUCCAGGAAGGUCCUUCUCGUGGAAGGGCUGGGGAAGAAGACCCAGCCCACUCCCCCAGCUGUUGCUCAAAGGCCAGAGCGCAAAGCCAGCAUCACUAGGUGGUUUUCCACACUGGGGAGAGCGGUGGGUGGUCACCCCACCCUACUCGGUCCAUGGAAACGCGGAGGGAGAGUCCCGCUUGGAGGCACCUGAAUCUUUGCUAACAAGAGAGGAAGAAAGGAUGGUACUUCAGUCUUCUAGCCUAUCAUCCUCCAGGAUGGAGAACACGCCUAGCCCAGAAUGCUCCAAGUGACUGACUAUCCUGACCUGACCUUCCUGACUGGAAAACUAGACCUAGCUGUCAUCGUUAUCCAGGGAGCCCUCCUCUUCCUCCUGACGACGCUGCUCUACCAUCGCAGUUGCUGGUUGUUGCUAAGGUUGCCUCCAUGGUAACAUGCUUAUCCUGUUUACACUUUUAUAUGGGCAAGUAGUCUAAGCUAGGAAUCAAUCUACUCUGGACAACUAUUUCCAUCAUCACCCAGAGGACACCAAUCAGCGUGACGCCAAAUCCAUCUUCUACUAAGUUCCUCCAACGUCUUCCUCCUCUCACUAGUAGACUUGAUACAGAAGAAAGGAUCUAGGCUUGGUGUUGCCACUCUGAAGCUUGUUGCACAAGAUAUUGUCAAUUUAACCCCUAUCUGGGCCCCAAGAGAGAAAAGAAGUGGGAGAAACGGGGAAGAGAAGGCAAAAGACAUUGAUCAGUUGGAGGGAAAUCUACAUCUUCUCUGUUUGAGAGUCUGGUAACCGGAGGCAAAAUGACGAACCCAUCAGGACAUAGCUUGGCAGGCAACUCGGUGUCUGAGAACUAUGAAGGGGAGUUUGGCUGCACAUUAAUGGACCUUAGAAAGCUCAUGGAGCUUCGUUCGGCUGAUGCAGUCACCCAAAUCAGUACCCACUAUGGAGGUGUACAGGACAUCUGCGCUAGACUGAAAACCUCCCCUGUAGAAGGUCUAUCUGGGAACCCUACAGAUCUGGAGAAACGUAGACUUGUUUUUGGACAGAACGUGAUACCUCCAAAAAAGCCCAAGACUUUCUUAGAAUUAGUAUGGGAAGCCCUGCAGGAUGUCACUCUCAUCAUCCUGGAGAUUGCAGCCAUCAUCUCCCUGGUCCUGUCCUUCUAUCGACCCCCUGGCGGAGACAAUGAAAUGUGUGGUCAGGCUUCAAGUGGCCCAGAUGAAGAGGAGGAAGCAGAAACCGGCUGGAUUGAGGGGGCAGCCAUCCUUACCUCGGUGAUCAUUGUGGUGUUAGUGACGGCCUUCAAUGACUGGAGCAAAGAGAAGCAGUUCCGGGGGCUGCAGAGUCGCAUUGAGCUUGAGCAAAAAUUCUGCAUCAUCCGGAAUGGGCAGCUCAUCCAACUGCCAGUGGCUGAGAUUGUGGUGGGAGAUAUUGCCCAGAUCAAAUACGGUGACCUGCUGCCUGCAGAUGGAAUCCUAAUCCAGGGAAAUGACCUGAAGAUUGAUGAGAGCUCUCUGACAGGAGAAUCAGACCAUGUCAAGAAGUCUCUGGACAAAGAUCCCAUGUUGCUCUCAGGUACUCACGUGAUGGAAGGUUCUGGCCGGAUGGUAGUGACUGCUGUGGGAAUCAACUCCCAGACUGGAAUCAUCUUCACCCUCUUAGGGGCUAGUGAGGAAGAUGAGGAGGAAAAUAAGAAGAAAGGUAAAAAACAAGGAGUCUCUGAAAAUCGCAACAAAGCAAAGACCCAAGAUGGAGUGGCCUUGGAAAUCCAGCCACUCAACAGCCAGGAGGGCAUCGACAUUGAGGAAAGGGAGAAGAAAGUAAACAAGAUGCCUAAGAAGGAGAAGUCGGUGCUGCAGGGCAAGCUCACACGGCUGGCUGUGCAGAUCGGGAAGGCGGGUCUGAUCAUGUCUGCCCUCACAGUGGUCAUCUUGAUUCUCUACUUUGUGAUUGACAAUUUCGUGAUACAAGGCAGAGCAUGGCUACCUGAGUGCACUCCCGUCUACAUCCAGUAUUUUGUCAAGUUCUUCAUCAUCGGCGUCACUGUAUUGGUAGUGGCUGUGCCAGAGGGGCUGCCACUGGCUGUCACCAUCUCGCUGGCCUACUCUGUGAAGAAAAUGAUGAAGGACAACAACUUGGUACGGCACUUGGACGCUUGUGAGACAAUGGGCAACGCCACAGCCAUUUGCUCUGAUAAGACAGGAACACUGACUAUGAACCGCAUGACAGUGGUACAAGCUUAUGUUGGGAACACUCAUUACCGCCAGAUCCCAAGCCCUGAUGUCUUCCCGCCCAAGGUUCUGGACCUCAUAGUCAAUGGCAUUUCUAUUAACAGUGCUUAUACUUCUAAGAUUCUGCCUUCAGAAAAAGAGGGAGGCCUACCCCGGCAGGUAGGCAACAAGACAGAGUGUGCCCUGCUGGGCUUUGUCACAGAUCUGAAGCAGGAUUACCAAGCAGUUCGAAACGAAAUGCCUGAGGAGAAGCUCUUCAAAGUGUACACCUUCAACUCAGUGCGCAAGUCCAUGAGCACCAUCAUCAGGAAGCCGGAAGGGGGCUUCCGCAUGUUCAGCAAAGGCGCCUCUGAGAUAAUGCUGCGCAAGUGUAAUCGAAUCCUGAACAAGGAAGGAGAAACCAUACCGUUCAAAAGUAAGGACCGAGAUGACAUGGUACAUAAUGUCAUUGAGCCCAUGGCCAAUGAAGGACUCCGGACUAUCUGCAUAGCUUACCGGGAUUUUGAUGACACAGAGCCCAUGUGGGACAAUGAGAAUGAAAUACUCACUGAGCUGACCUGCAUUGCCGUGGUGGGCAUUGAGGACCCUGUGCGCCCAGAGGUACCCGAUGCAAUUAACAAAUGCAAACGGGCUGGCAUUACUGUCAGAAUGGUGACAGGUGAUAAUGUCAACACAGCACGGGCCAUUGCCACCAAAUGUGGCAUUCUGACCCCUGGAGAUGACUUCUUGUGCUUAGAAGGAAAAGAGUUCAACAGGCUUAUCCGCAAUGAGAAGGGUGAGGUUGAACAAGAAAAGCUGGACAAGAUCUGGCCCAAGCUUCGGGUGCUGGCACGAUCUUCUCCCACGGACAAGCACACACUGGUGAAAGGUAUCAUUGACAGCACUGUUGGGGAACAGCGGCAGGUGGUGGCUGUCACCGGCGAUGGGACAAAUGAUGGACCUGCUCUGAAGAAAGCAGAUGUUGGUUUUGCCAUGGGUAUUGCAGGCACAGAUGUGGCUAAGGAGGCGUCAGACAUCAUCCUGACCGAUGACAACUUCACCAGCAUUGUGAAGGCAGUGAUGUGGGGACGGAACGUGUACGACAGCAUUUCCAAGUUCCUGCAGUUCCAGCUCACUGUCAAUGUGGUAGCUGUGAUCGUGGCUUUCACUGGAGCCUGUAUCACUCAGGAUUCUCCAUUGAAAGCAGUGCAGAUGUUGUGGGUUAACCUGAUCAUGGACACUUUUGCUUCCCUGGCCCUGGCCACAGAGCCCCCUACGGAUUCUCUGCUGAGGCGUCGCCCCUACGGGCGAAACAAGCCCCUGAUCUCACGUACCAUGAUGAAGAACAUCUUGGGCCAUGCAGUGUAUCAGCUCACAGUCGUCUUUUUCCUUGUCUUUGCUGGUGAGCGGCUGUUUGACAUUGAUAGCGGAAGGAAGGCGCCUCUCCACUCGCCACCCAGCCAGCACUAUACCAUUGUUUUCAACACCUUUGUGCUGAUGCAGCUCUUCAACGAAAUCAACUCCCGGAAGAUCCACGGUGAGAAGAAUGUCUUUGCAGGCAUCUACCACAACGCCAUUUUCUGCUCUGUGGUUUUAGGCACAUUCUUCUGCCAGAUUUUCAUCGUGGAGUUCGGGGGUAAGCCCUUCAGCUGUACAAGCCUCACCCUGGAGCAGUGGUUGUGGUGUGUUUUCAUAGGGAUUGGAGAACUUUUGUGGGGCCAGGUGAUCUCUGCCAUUCCUACCAAGUCUCUGAAGUUCCUGAAGGAGGCUGGACAUGGCGCUGACAAGGAGGAGAUCACCAAGGAUGCUGAGGGAAUGGAAGAGAUUGAUCUUGCUGAGAUGGAACUGCGCAGAGGCCAGAUCCUCUGGUUCCGUGGCCUGAACCGGAUUCAGACUCAGAUCAAAGUGGUCAGAGUGUUCCAUAAUUUCCAUCAAGUCGUUCAUAAACCCAGGAACCAACUCUCCAUCCACCACUUCAUGACCCAGCCUGGAUACAAUGCAGAUGAUGAGUUUCCACAGUCAUUCCAGGAUGAUCAAGAGGGAGAUCCUGAAUCGGCUCCUAAGGCGGAGACUAGGGUGCCUCUGUUAGAUGGUGAGGCCACUCCAUAUGACAACAAAAACAACAGUGCCGUGGAUUGCAACCAAGUGCAAAUCGUUGCCUCCCAUUCCGACAGCCCUCUGCAAAGCCUGGAGACAUCAGUUUGAACUCCCAUUCUCUGAUUCCCGUCCCUGCGUUCCCUAAUUCUUUUAUCAUUUAUCCCGUCUAUAAAGUGAUGAUGGGACUUGUCACUGUUAUGUCAGCCGUUCCUAAGUGUGUGAGAACCCCCACCUGGCCAUGAAGAAACAAGAACACAGACUACAAGGAUUCGGUCAAACCCUGAUCUGCUCCUUAGGUAUACCAGUUCUCAUUUUUAAAGAAAUGAUGACAAUCCUCCUGGCAUCACCCAACCCAGAGUCUCCACAGCAUUCCCACAUGUGUCACCACUUCCUGACUUGGAGACUUCAGGAGUUUCUGCCAUUUACAAGCUAAGUUGUGGGCUCAGGGAGAGACAAAUGCCCUGUGUUUGUGUUUCAGUAGACUGGUAAUUCUUAGAACAUAUUUUCCUAUUUUGAAAAUGCAUAUCCUAAGGCCGCUAGCUCUCCCUGCCCUUCAGUCUGACCUCCCCAGGGUUCUUUGGUUCUUAUAUGACCCUUAUCAUCCUUCCUCUUACUUUUUUUUUAAGUUGUGGUAAUUAAGAGAAUGGAAAGGACAUGUACAAGUUGAGUCGACUUUGGCCCCUUCUGGCCCCAAUAGAACCUUUCAUUUUGUUCUAGAGGCAGGCUAAAAUGGUCUUUUUGAAGCAAAUGAACUGAUGAAAUAUUUCCCUAUUCUCAUCAGGUCAGCUCCAACUUCUGAAUGUCCAUCUGUCUUCUUGGGUGUGUCAGGGUUUUUAAGUGCCAGGGAAAUCAGCCAUGACCAUGACGCUUGCAUAUGUAUAAUGUAUAGUUUUUACCAUAGGCCUGAGCUUCCUCCUUGCCUAAGGUGGUAGCAAAAGAAUCAAUGGGACAUGACCCUGUCUCCUAGCUGGAUGAGAAGUUUCAGGACCAACCUGGAGCAGGCCUAGGACCAGAAAUCACUGAAGCAGACUAUUUUCAAGGGUAUUUGCCAAGGCUCUCCCAGGGCAGGAGCUGACUGUUGGGGGAAUGAGUAUCAAGAAGCCUUGGGAAGGGCUAAAGAACCAAUCCACCGGAUCUGAGGAACCUCCCCACAGGUUGGGCGCCUGAGUACCAGCUUUGACAUUCUCUUCACUUUACUAAUUCUAUGCUUUGUUGUGCCCCAUAUUUUCCACCUCAAAGGAGGUCCCCAACUUUUGAAAAUAUUCCAUUGUUGAAAAUACACAUCCAAAAGAGGAGGUUUCCUGACAGUGUUCUGUCAAGGAGCAAAGGGCCCUUCCCGGAAAGCUCCUGCCUCCUCUCUCCUCGCUUUCAUACCCCCUCCUCCAGCCUUCAGCAUUGAGCAUCUCCACUGCUACCCAGGAAAGCCCGUGCCUUUUCACCCGGACACAUCCUCUGCCCACCCACCUCUCAGGAGCUGGGAAUGUCACCAAAAGGGACUUCGCCUUACUGGGACAAGCUGGAGGCACAUUCCCAGGUGCUCCAUCUGUAUCCCUACUUUGCUGAUCUAAUCUUGUUUGUGCAGGUGGACCAAAUUUAUGUCCCCAAGUCCCAUCUCCUGUUACGUCAGUGAAGCCUGCCUCCCACUCUCCAUGGUGAUGGGAAUAGAAAAGGAUGCAUGAGGCUCAUGAGAACUGCCAGGUUUCCACGUGGGAGGGAAAGGCAAGAUGAACUUGUCUACUCCUAGCCUUUCUUCUAGAGAUCUUCCUCCCUCCCCACUUUUCACCCAGGCUGCCAAGGUAGGGUGAGUGUAGAAACAACCACCAUUCUACACUCAAUACAGCAUAAUCCAUCGUUAUAGGAGACAGGGAGAAGGCUUUCACUUGGGUUUUGUAAAGCUUACACACUUCAGCAGUCUUUCCUCAUGGAAAAAAAACAGCUCACUUGAGUUGUUAAUUACACACACACACACAUGCACACACACACAUACACACAUGUUUAGUACAUUAGAAGAUUUGAAUUUGUCAACUGUUUUAUUACCUCAGAUCAUUUUUUAAAAGCAAGCCAAUAACAAGCUCCGAAGGCCAUUUUACCAUCCUUGCUCCUAAGAGACUUUUGUGGUGCCUGGCAGGUCUCUCUCGAGGGCUUUAUGUCUACUUUUUCAAAGUCAAUAGUUGUUGUGUAUGUGUGUGUAUGUUUGAGUGUGUUUGAGUGUGUGUGCGCGCAUGUUCUAGUUUCCGUAGUGAGAGAGAAAAAUAUAGAAAUAUUAUGCAAAAAUAGUUUUCUUUAGAUCAGAAACUAAUAUUUUUGAGUCAGCCAUAUAUAUAUUUAAAGAAUUUCAAAUAAAGUGCCAUCAUGAAGCACCAUAGAGGGGAGCACACACCCAGCUGUUUGACAUGACAAGUGGCUCAGUAUAUUUGCAGUUGGUUAAAAAAAAUAUACCAUACUUCCUUUCUCCAAACAGCCAUCUUUAUAUUUAGGGGGAAAAUGUUGGUUAUAGACUUUUUUAAUUAUAAAUUUUGUUGAUAUGGAAUUGAGUAAGUUCAAGUAUUUCUGUGCAUAUGUUUUUAUAUGUUUUUUCUAUUCAGUUUCAGUGAUCCAGGUGGCAGUGAGUACCUAUGACAGAAGUUAAUAAUAGUUUCCCCUAAAUGGUGCUUUGGAUUUGAAAGAGGUCUGGUGGGGAGAAAGAGAACAUAUUCUAGAGCUGUCUUUUGAUAAACCUAGAAAAACGGGUAAGAACCUGCAGGUAGUGAGGGAACCACUGGAAGAGGCUUCUCGACUGUCAGGACAUGGAUGUGUGCUGCCAUGGAGGAGUGCCAGGCUUGUUGGUAACCAGGGGUGAGGGCCAGUUGGACUUCUGUUUCGAAGGAGUUCGCUGGCAGAGUGUUGUCAGUGACAGUCUCUCCUGGUCAGCAAGGGAACUCUGACGUGGGGCUUGCAUUUCUUUAUGCUUCCUGCACUCCCUUUUUCCCCUAGAGUGAUCCCAUUAGUGAGUUUUUGUGCAUGAAUCUGAGUUGAGACACCUUCCUAUUUUGUAUAAUACAGCAGAUGGGAGACUGAGCUCCAAAUUGGAAAAGACAAAUACAGCAAUGGCUGCUUCUAGCUCUGUCUGGCAGUCUGAGGACUAGGUCCUUCUCAACAGCCCUUCACUGUCCUUUAAAGUGCUUCUCCCAUCCCAAAAGAUGUAAGAGAGACCAGCUAGACUCCCUCUGGGCACACGUGAAUUCCUCAGGUUUGGAAUUCUGUUUUCCUUCAAGCUUUAGGGGAGAGUUACACAGGUCAAUCAGAGUGAUUACCUCACUGCCGAAAAUCCAGAGGAGCAUGCAAGCUUGAAUAUGCCUGGAUCCUCUCCUGUAUCCUUCCCUUUCUCCCCAUCCCUCGCCUUACCCUUACUGUGGUACCAUUGCAGUCCGCACAUUCAGCCACCUUCUACGUCUGGGGUCUACCCAUGGCACCAGUGGGGGUGGGCAGUUACAAUGCCUGCUGUCCUGAAGCCAUCCCAGCCUCCUCCUCAGUAGACCAGACACCCUCCCUCCUCUCCAUUCAGCUCAGAGCCAGAACGUUUGCCUUCCCAGCUCUGCAGUUAGGUCUGCUAUCCCCUUUCUUCUUCUUGGGGGAGGCAAAGGGAGGUGAGCUCCCUGCAACUGAAUCGGCCUUUGGUUUGUGUUUUCUCCCCAUGUGUAUAUAUGCCAUAUGUAAAUAUGCCAUAUAUAUGUGCCAACAAAUGGAUCUAUGCCAUCUUUUCUAAUCGGCAUGCAGAUAGGAAUUUUGAGUUUCUUCUCAGUAACUAGUAUAAUGAGCACUGGUAUUUUUGUACAAAAGGAAAAAAAAAACAGAAAAUUGACUGUUGUAGUCUGCAUGACAGACAUGAUGAUAGCAAAGCAAUGUAUAUCUUAGCGUGUGUUGCCAUAGUUUGCAGUUCAUCUUAACAGUGCACCCAAUCUGUAUUUGCAUUUAUAUUAUUUAAGCUCUAUGUAUAAUGUUUUGCAUGUAUUUAUAUGGUUCUUGGGGGGGAUGCUAUAAACUGACAAAUGUGUAAUGCAACUGUAUCGUCUCACUGACACGGGAAGAGGAGUUUUAAAAGGGUUAAUUUUUUUGAACCAAUAAAGCUUUUUGCUGAUGAGAAGAAACUAAUGUCAUGCACUGAGAAUAAAAACCCAUGCCCACUUGUUAA